UGUCUGUCUGCCUGCCUGUCUUUGCGACGCGCUGCAAGGGCAACAACCACAACAACACAUGAGAGAUGGAAAAUAAUUUUUUUUUCUAGUAUUUUGGACAAUGCCCACAUUACCGCCUGGUGUUGCUGGAACGACGGCAGUCAAUCGAGCUACUGCAAGGUACGGUCGGGCCCUGGCCUGAACGAGCGAGCGGGAGAUCCGGGGAACAGGGGUCGCUGAUUGGCCCAUUAAUGCGUGGCUGCACACUCUCCCAACCUCUCUCCCUCUCUCUGUACAAACAACGACUGCCGCCCCGCUGUUGGAGCUAGUCCACGACCACGACAACAACAACAACUACUGCUCCCAACUGCAUGCUACUGCGAACUGGCGUUCCAUUUAUUUAUCCCUUCUUCUUGACUGCCUAUAACUACGGCUUGCUGCAUGCACCUCGCCACCGCUGUUGUUGCUGCUGCUGCCCCAAUGCACUCUGCCUCUGCCUCUGUUUCAUGCACCCUGUCGCUCUUUAGCUAUUGAUUUCUUCCUUCACCUACCCGUCUCUACGCUCUCUGGAUACCUACCUCUCUCGACUAUCGCUACUACUCCGAUACCCUCCCGUUACCGCCCUGCCCAUCUUACGUACCGACCCACCGCACCAGCUGCGCAUACGCGUCUUACACCACUACCACCAUUCCUUGUCCCACUGCCGCUCCUCUCCUUCAUCUUCUACCGCUCCCUCGCGUCUCCGUGCAAUAACUUGCCCCGCCCACCCGUCCAUAUCUGAUUGAUUGUACACUCGACACAACCCACCACCACCAUCAUGGCUGCCAAAGUCGCAAGAGGCGGCCUCGGAGCAGCCCCUCACACCGCCGGCAUCUUCUCCGACAUGACGGUUGACGGCCCCAUCAUUGGCACCUUGGUCGCCAUCAUGGACCGCGCCAAGAAUCUCCCCAAUCGCCGUUCAAUGGGAAAGCAGGAUCCCUAUUGUGCUGCGAGGCUGGGCAAGGAGGCCAAGAAGACAAACACGGACCGUCGCGGAGGUCAAACCCCAAGAUGGGACCAGGAAUUGCGCUUCACCGUCCACGACUCCCCCGACUACCACCAGCUCAAAGUCUCCGUCUUUAACGAUGACAAGAAAACUGAGCUGAUUGGCGAGACCUUUGUCAAUCUCGAGGCCAUCAUCACCCCGGGCGGCGGCCAGAGCGAUACCUGGCACGGCCUCAACUGCAAGGGCAAAUACGCCGGAGAGAUCCGCCUGGAGCUCACCUUCUAUGAUACCCGUCCCAAGGAAGAGAAACCAGUUGUCGAGAAGAAGAGGGACAGCGCCAGAUCCGAUGCACAGAGAGCCGGCUUGAGCGGCCCCCGAGAGAGCACACCUGUCAAGCGGAGGCCUCUACCUUCCGAUCCUACCGCUGCUUCACCUUCACCGCAAAGCACACCCGAGCCUCGUGGUCUACAAGGGGUUCAGUCAGGGCCUCGCAGUUACGGGACGUCUAGACACCAGCGAGAGAGUUCGACACCCCAGCGACGACCGGUUCCAGACGCUUCACCUCAAGUCAGCACCUCGCCUAACCCCCAAACCCCACAAACCCAGCAGUAUACCCCUCGUCCUGUCGAGCAGGAUGUGUACACGCCUCCGAAGCCUCACUCAUCCAGCACCAACCUUCCCCAGUACAAUGCCGACAAUUUCGACAUGUCAUAUACGGCUCCCAAGCCAUACGAGACGCCUCAAGUUGAUCCGCACUCUCACCUUCGAGACGCUGGGAAUCGGGCCAUGUCACAGGACAACUUUAGAUCUUCUCCGGCGCACCACCACAGCAAUCUCCCUGCUGAUCUACCACACUCUCACUCGGCUCCGAGUGUGCCUACUUACGAGCCUGAGCAUAGGCAAUAUGAUGACCACAGAGGUCGCCGGUCCCCUCAACCAAACAGCUACUCGCAGAAUCCGUACCAAGACCCCUCGUAUCAGGUUGAGCCAUUACGGCUGAGUAGGAAUAGCCGAAGUUUCGAGCAGAUGACUUCCCAAGACGGAUACCAAAUACCCGAGGCAUACGCGGAUCCACGCGAUCCAUACAACACACAUGCCUCCCAUGGUCGCAGAGCAAGCGCCAUGCAGCCUACAGUAGAGGAUGAAGAUGAUGUUCCACCUCCUCCUCCCGUUCACAGAAAAGGAGCAAGCACCAUCCCUCAGCCCCACCAGGGAUCUCCUCGAGACUACCGCGAUGAGGACUCGUUGCAGUACACCCAUGACGGCACACUCCAACAGUACGGGUCACAUGACUACGGUCAUCACUCCCAGGAUCGCCGAUACACCCAUCCUCGCCCGGAUAGCCGGCCAGCGUCUCGGGACGCCAUGGUGCCUUCUCCUUUGCGGAACGAGACCAUCGCGUUACCGGCCAGCCUCGUCGCCGGGGUAGAUGCAUCUCGUCAAAGCAGAGACCCCAUGUCUCAUAAAAUGUCCCCUUCGUACGAAACCGCCGUCUCCCGCUCGCGACAGCAUUCCGAAUCGAGUGCUCAUAUGCCUCCACAGUACGACCAGGGCUCUUACCCGCACCCGUUGAAACAGCAACAGUCAGCCGAUCCCCUCCACGCGUUGCAGCAUUACCAACACCCUCCCCCAGAGGAGCCACGUCGCAGAUCCCCCGAUCACGUUCAUCCCAUUAUCAAACCACGUGCGGUGAGUCCUGCGGUGAGUCCCGUGCAUACGCGCAGCCCGGUGGAUGACCGCGCAUCUCGAAUGCCAAACCGGAGCAUGCCAACACGCAAGUCGGUCUCGCCUCGACCACCACCUGUCGAGGAACCCGAACAGCGACGGCUGUCUGAAGUACCUUUUGCACCAGACAGUUUCGAUGUUUUCAAUCCGUCCAUGGCCUCCAAGUCCGACCCUGAAAGGCCAGGGAGCAGCAUGGAAAUGAACGACAAGGGCCAGAUAGUCACCUUCAGUGGUCGCGUCAUUGAUGCGUCCGAUCAUCUUCCAGUUGACAGCUGGGCUCCUGAGCCGGAGCGCAAAGGUCCCGAGAAAGACCGCGCUUCGCGUACACGUCCGGUCCUGAGCGGGGCUCGUGAUCUCGAGGCUGCCAAGGACCGUGAAGAGAGAUAUAGACGGGAACGCGCCGAGCGGGAGAGAAUUCGUAAUGCCACCAAUGCAGCGUUUGGAGACACUGGCAGUCCCAGCAACGCCCUCGUCACUUCGCGUCACGACUUCAGCAACCACAAUUCCCCCAUCAACGCAGGGGCCAUGGUGCUCGCGGACCGGAACUCCACAUCUCCCACCUCAGGCCGCAACAGGUUGCAAAAGAGGAAUCCGCGCCCCAUGUCAACGUCGACAUACGAUUCCCCUUCGCACAGCCAAAUGUACUCAUCUUCGCCCGGUAUACCCAUGCCCAACACCAACGUGCUCCGCGAGCGUGAAAACGUGGGUGGAUACGGAAGCAGCUCAAGCUACGGACGCGAUUCGCGUCACUCGAUCGCUGCGCCGCCCAUCCCUGCCAAAAUUCCCAUUGAGCGCGGCGCAGAGGAUAUGAUGGCCCUCAGCCUGGAACUCCAGAGCAUCGAUAUUGGGCCAGGUAGCGGAAGCGCAGGGCGCAGGCCCAGGCGGUACUAGAGCGACCGCUGCAGUUCAGUUCGAAAUCAACCAUUAUGAAGAUAAUUAUGUAACUUGAGUAAGUUCCGCGCUCUCUCUCCUUUCCCCGAAGCCAAGGGAGGGGCUUUCUUCGUUUUUCUUUUGUAAUUUUAUACAUCCCAAGGUUUUCAUGUGUCAUUGAUGGAAGGAAUGGGUGGGUGACUGGUAGUUAGGAUACGGUAUAGGAUUGGAUGGAAGAGUUUAUUGCCAGGUCUUGUUACUUUUCUUGUUUUUCUCCCCUUCUUCUUCUUCUACUACAACAAAUAUGGUAUGAUAUGAGGGUAGGUCUAGUCUGGCCAAGGUACGAGACGCUUUAACAACGUGUGUAAGUUGAGGGGGGAUUAGUCAUUUCUGCUUGCUGUUAGCAGCCGCAGCCGCGUUAGAACAGCCUUCGGGCACGUAUCAUCCAGAUAUAUAUGUCGUAGAACAGCUGAAUGAAUGUUUCUGUUCUAUUUUACAAUCUUGUUAAUGAUUUUUGCGUUUUGGAUAGUUGACGUGCGUAUCUUGCAUAUGUGGAUUUACUCUACAUUAUUUCUACUUUCGCCUUUCGUGACCUACGGAGGGUAGAGGCAGUACAAACUGUACUAUGUCGCAAUCGCCUGGCCAAGGAUUUGUUAUUCUUGUGGCCUUACUUGGAUUUCGUCGACUGUCGGAAUCACAUGCAAUGCCCCAGACUGAAUCUGUCGGAGUAAGAUUAGCAAUGGAACACGUCCCGUAUAAAAUCAAGUACUCAAUU